UUAGUUGUGCUUUUUAAUUACUUUACUUACACAUUGUGUGUGUGUUGUGUAUGUAUGAUAUAUAUAUAUGAGAAUUAUACAUAUAUAUAUAUGGGAUUGUGCACCGAUACAUGUUAUACUACGUAGAACAAUGUUAUUAUUUACCAAAAGUAAUUCAAUUACUAAAUUAUUGAUAAAUUCAUUAAAAUCAUCUCAUAUACUUUCACAAAAACGCAUGGUGUAUAAAUCUAGUUUAUUAUUACGUAAAAUAUUUGAGAAAUCAAGGAUAAAUAAUGUAAAAGGACAAUUAUGGACAUCAAAUUUAAUAAUACGACAUAACCAAACACAAUCAUGGGAUAUAAAGACUAAUCUAGCAAAUAAUGUUAUUUUGUAUAAGAAUGAAAGAGGCAAAUAUAUGUUCGUUCACAUAUUUGGUCUAUGUAACAUAUUUGCUUGGUUAUAUUUAUUUUAUUAUUGGUAUGGAGAUUUAUAUCGUAAUUUAAAGACCAUAUCGUUUAAACAAUUUUUAGGGGAUAAUUAUCCUAUUCUUUCAAUUUUCUUUUUAACAACAUUCUCAGGACCACUUUUCUAUGGAUUAGCAUGGUUUUUUAGUUCACGUAUGGUCAAGUAUAUAAUCUUACAUAAAGGAGGCAAACAUAUUAGCUUUAUUACUAAUCAUCUACUAAAAAGCAAAAAUACUAUAACUGUUCCUAUAGAAAAGGCACCUUUUAAAGCUAGCUUUACACCACUAAGGGAAUUUUCCAAAGACCAAAACAAAUAAUACUCUGACAGUGCAAGAUCAGGAUGCAAAUACAAUGAAUUCAUUGAAAUUCUCCAGCCAAAUUCUCUCAAUUUUUUAUGGAUCACCAUGUGUGUGAUCUAUCAUUGUCGUGAUGGAAGAUGAUACCUUUUCUAUUGAUCAAUUUUAAUCGUUUUAUCUCGAUUGCUUGGCAUAAUCUGUUAUUAACAAUAGAGAUUAGAAUCAAUAGUUUAGCCAGGUAACAGUAGUUUGUAGUGAACAAUUUCUUUGUAAUUCCACCAUACACACAAUCCU